CAAGGUCAUCUAGACGAAACGGCGGGGGACUUUGAAAGGACCUGACUUUUUAUCGUGCCGUUUCAGAAAGAUUGGGUCAGUAUUCGUAGUCGGUGGCAGCAUUCCAAUUUCGACCUAUCAGCGACUUCAGAUCGCUUAUAGGGGACAAGGUUUCCAUCAUAGGUGAGCUGCUGUUACCUUUUUUCGGAUCGGCAAUAUUGUCGCGCAUUUAAUUGUUGCUGUGUUUGUAGUCAAUGGUUGAAAUCAGGGAUUUACCUCAGGAUUUAUUUUAUCAAAUUUGCUCCUAUUUGCGGAUUAACGAUCUCCUUGCGCUAUGUUCUGUGUGUGCACAGUUUUGUUACUGGUUACGUCGGCAGUCGUAUUGGAAAUGGCGCUCACAAUGUCUUUGGAGUGGAACCUACCCUUGUUUACCAGAGAAGAUCAUAGACUGGGCGUCAGCAAGUUUUGAACGGGAAAAGUGCUGUAUAAACUUCGGGGAGAAUUCAUCUGAUUGCAUUCGUCUAUCUAAGUUGGACGUGGUCAGCCACGGAAUAGACGCUUUACAUAUUCCCCUGGUAUCCAUUGAAAUUUUUCUGAUAAUCCUAAUUCCAGAAACAUCCAGAUUUACUUAUAAUGGGUGAUAGAGGUCGAGUGGUGUCAAUAUUUUCAUUCAAGGCUGGGAUGUUUUCUAAUUCAUGGCUUCCUGUAUUUACUGAAUAUCAAAGUCAUUCUGUAAGUUUUUUUUUUCAAGCAGUCAUUAUUUUGGGAAAUAAUUUUAUAUGAUUUUAAAUACUUUACACAACUCAGCAACUAUUUAAAGUAUAAACUAUUAGGUUUGUUUUCUUCGUGCGACUGUUUAAUUUAACGAAGCAGUACAUUCACUGCUUAGCACUUAUAAAUAUUAUUUAAUGUUUGAUAGUGAACUUCGUAGGAAAACACAGAUACAUAUUUUUUUAUGUUGUCAUUGGUAUGUGUUCACGAAGUAUAAAUUAGUUGUUUUUAAUCAUUUGUAAUAGUUAGUUAUGAAGAGACUAAGACCAAAGAUUUGAGCAUAAUAACAUAACUUCCUUUCAUUUCGUCAGCUGUUUACGUGUCAUAUUUACCACGGGUGCACAAACAUGAUGUCUCCUUGAACCCCAUAUUGUCAAUCAUUGAUUCGCCGUUUCAUAAAAUUGCAUGCUGACUAACGGAAAAGCUAAAGCCAACAGAAAAUACAUAAAAAAAUUCAUUAUAAUUUCCUGACAGACUAAAUCGUGCAAACGUUUCUGGUUGCCUUUUACAUAACAUACUUGUUCACCAAUAUAUCACUUCUUGAAACCACUGGGAUAUUGACCAGCAUUCUGAUAUACUGUUAACGGUGUCAAUCCAAACGAUUGCUAAUUAUAUGCACAAAAGACAUUCAGUUUAACAACACUGUGUACCGUCAAAUUGACGGUGUUGCAAUAAGAGGUACAAUUUUCGCAGAUAUUUUUGUGGGUUAUCUUGAAAACACAGAGAUUAAAAGAGCAGUGAGUAAAAUAACGGAAUACUCGAGAUAUAUUAAUAACAGGUUCAUUGUUUGCUAUUCUUCUGUUAGGAGAGAUGACUUACUAUGGAGCACAAAAAGAACGACAUGCUCUACCUUUUUGGUAGUAUCGUAUUACAGAGAGAAGGCAAGACAGCUCAACGUUCAGUUUGUCAAGAAAGUACUUGGAAUGGUCUAUACUUGGAUUCGGAUAGUUUUUGUCCAAUCCUUUACAAGAAGGCAUUGGUCAGAAUACUUUUAUAGAGUAGAAAUAAUUUGUGCCACUGACAAAUUGGAAGAGGAAUUGGCAAACAUUGAAAAGUGUCUCAAUGACAACUUCUGUCCACAGAAAUUUAUUGGUAAAUAUAAAAAAAUUAAAAGCAAGUUGGAUGUUGCUAUUGUCAAUAUAGAGCCUUUAUUUACUCAUAUUAGCUUCAAAGGUUAUGACGUUACACGCACAAUGAGCAGAAGGCCUAACGCUUCAUUAGCCAGAACCUGCCCUGCAGCCAAACUUAGUCCUGUGUAAAAUAACUUGCUUAGUAAUUCAAUCGGAGGUUGACAAAUACUCUACCAGUUCUGUCUAGAAAUUCACAUGUACCUCCCAAAGCAACUACAUUGACUGGACAGAUUAGAGGGCAUAUCUCCAAAGCUUUUUGAACGUUUUUCAAAAACCCUUCAACCAAAAGGGAGGAAUACGCUUAGUAGCACAGUCACCAAGCAUCUCUUGGACAUCAAGUUGAUACCUUGAAAUCUUUCAAGGUACUUAAUAAACAGUCGGGCUCCAGCCUUCCAAAGUCUUCUGGAGGCAUUGCUGCUAGGAGUAAAGUGCCUGGUUUAUGUGUUUAGGGCACAAUUAUUAAUCUUUCUCUGCCUUGCUGACACAAAUAUCUUUUCGUUAUGUCAUAAAAUAUUUUUAAAAUCUCAGUUGAUUACAUCAUUGCUUCUCUUUCCAACUUCCUUCUCGAUCAGUAGUUCCAUUUUAAACAAUUGAGCUUUAUUCAAUUUAUUUCUUCGUUUGUUUAUUGUUUAAUAAUUUUUCUCUAUCUCUCCAGUCUCUUGUUACUAUAAAUGUUGUGGAGUGCUCUUCCAUAUGAGAUAUAUAUUUGUUAUAUUUUAUAUAGUCUCCUAGGUUUGUUUAUAUCCUUAUUGUUGUAUGCUAAUGUGUGUUCUAAACUUCCAACCAAAGUCAUACGUAAUUUCAAUCCAUUUCGUGAUUAUGACUUGUGAACAUUAUAGGUUGUAAGCAGCUGACAAAAAUCUAACGAGAUAGAACAAAUGUAUGUUCUGCUCACAUCUUUAUUAUUGGUCUCUUCAAGAUGAUAAAGAAAAGCAUGUGGGUUGGAUAUGGACUAUCAAUUCAACAGAUGAUGCUGUCAUAACAGGUUCAUGGGAUGGUGCUUUGAGAGUAUGGAAGUUGACAAAUUCUGGACUAGCAUUUCAAUCAAUUUACCAAUUGGGCACUCCUGUACUGUGUUCAAGCUUUUUGGAUUCCAAUACUUUGGCAGUUGGUACACAUGAUCGAAAUGUCUAUCUAUUGGAUAUACGUUCGUUUGAACAAAAUUCAUCAAGUCGUAUGUGCCAUAAAAAGGCUGUUCUUUGCAUGGAUGCUAUAUAUGAAAAUGGUUUGCGUUCAGCUGUUUCAAGAAACUGUACUUCUACUAUGAAAAACUGUAUUAACGGUAGUGGUGAUAACUGUGACCAGAUAUGUGUAGAAUAUGAUUAUCAUUCAGAGUUAUCAUCUGUAACAGCAAGUGAAGAAAAUUUUGGAGACUGUAUGAUUGAUCCGUUUGAAAUGGAAAAUAUUGUACUGAACAGUCGUGAACCUAGUCCUGUAUCAUUUCCCUUAAAGUGUAAUUCAGACAAAAUAAGUUGUGACAAACUGGAUAUACAAAAUAAUUCACUACCUGCUGACCUAAACCAUUCGCCAAAACAAUCAUUUUCUAACGUUCAUCUAAUCACUGGCAGCAGUGAUCAGUAUAUUGCUGGUUGGGAUGUGAGAAAUGUUUCUCAACCUGUUCACAAACACAAGCUCAGCCGUUACCCAAGAAAGCUGUCUCUCCUGGAUAAAUAUGAAUUAUGGGUUGCUGAACCACCGAAUCAGAUUCAUGUGUUCGACAUUCGCAAAAAUCAGUUCAACUGUGUAUAUACUAAUCAACUUUCUGGAUGGAAUCGUGGUUUCGGUGGCCUAAAGGCUACACCAGGAUGUAUAUUCGCUGCUGGUUUGCAUGGUACUGUGGAAGCAUAUCAUCCAACAAAUCCAGUGAAGCCAUUGAGUAAACGACCUCUGGCUGAGAAAAUUAGUGCUCUUCCUACAAGUCUGGAAUAUCAUAAUGAUGUUUUGGUGGUUGGUUCUGGGAAUGGUUCAAUUUAUGUUUGGUCUUCUGUAGAUAGAAUCAAUUCACUGACUACUUCAUACUAAACCACGAAUGAUAACGUUACUCGAUCAACGCUUUUUUCUCUUGAAAACUAUAUAUCAUGUUUAUGUUGAAGAAUUGUUAGUUUUUUUAUCUUUCGGAUGCUAAUAUGAAUUUGAGUCUAGUUGUGCAGUAGCAUGAGAUUAUUUGAACUUUUUAUGUGGUAAGCACUUUGAGUUGAUUUUUUACAGACACAUGCAAUUUAGAACAACAUGUAUAAGCGAACAAUAUUGUUUUUGACUAGAUCUUCAUCAGGCUUUAAUAUACAGUAAUAUUUAUAUGUAUAUAUGAAAUUAUUAUCGUGUUCCUACUAGUUUUCUUUAUGGGGUUCGAUCUCAUCUCUUACACAUAGCAGAAGUUACAAGAAUUCGAGCUAGCAAUCCAAUUCUUUGUAUUUGUAAGAAUUUUGUUCGUAUAUUUGUGUUUUAAUAAUUAAACUUAUCAAGAAGCUUGUAAUAAAAAUUGUGUUCAGUCGUA